UAGGGCUCAUAUGGAAUUUGGCAAGAUCGGGACUCAACAAAACAACAAAACCGGGAUGAAAGUAACAACUAAUUUCCCUCGAAUAAAGGAGGAUCCAUGCAGUGUAUAAAGAAAAAUGAUUGGAAAGUCUUAUGUCUGCUAUAGCUCAAUUGACCAGGAGACUUUCUCCAUUUUACUCGAAUGCAAAAACCGGACUGACACUUUGCUGUUCGAGAGUGGAGCCAUUGCUCUCCUAUCUCAAUGGGAAACUGAGGCUAUUAAGAAGAACUACCAGAAGAUACUGGAUGCUUAUGGGUGCCUGGGCGUUUUGAGAAUCAAUAUCGAUGAAGAAGAAACAAUCCAUUUUCUUAUACUUGUUACUGGAUGCAAAUCUGUGGGAAAGGUUUUGGAUAGUGAAAUAUUCAAGAUAACUUCCACACAAUUUGUCCCUUUGCAAGUUGACCAAGAUGAAGAAGGUAUCGCGGAAAUUGUUAAGUUACUCAACUCAGGGACAUUUUACUUUGCUACUGGGCAUGGUAGCCAGCCUGAAUUGGACCUCAGCCUUAGUGCACAGCAGAGAUAUGAUGGACAUUUACCAGACAAUCGGUUUAUGUGGAACAGAAGCCUUCAUUUCCAUGUCCAGCGUUUUGGCAUCAACUGUUCAGAGUGGCUGUUCAGCAUCAUGUGUGGUGGAGUGGAGAUCAGAACAGUUUACGCAGGUGUUAGCCAAGCCAAGGCUUGUCUCAUCUCACGACUGAGCUGUGAACGGGCGGGCACCAGAUUUUAUGUGCGUGGGACAGACGAUGAUGGGCAUGUUGCAAACUUUGUUGAGACAGAGCAGAUGAUUGCUCUGGAUGAUAUGAUAACGUCCUUUGUACAAACCAGAGGUUCUGUACCUGUGUUUUGGGAACAACCUGGAAUUCAGGUUGGAUCUCACAAAGUGAAGCUUUCUCGAGGGUUCGAGGCUGCAUCUGCAGCAUUUGACAGGCAUAUUACCACUCAAAAAGGACUUUAUGGUGAUGUCUGUAUUGUGAAUUUAUUAGGCAUGAAAGAAGGGGAAAACGCCCUUAGUCGGAUAUUCCAGGAUGAGUUAACAGAGUCGAUUCAUGGACAUGACACACCAAUGAUUUGCUUUGACUAUCAUCGUAAUUGCAAAGGAGGAAGAACAAGCAAGUUGAAGGACUUUGCAGACAAAGCAAGACAAUUAUUCAAUAGCAAUUCACUUUUCUUCUCCAAAGGAGGCAAACUUGAAAAGCGCCAAAAGGGCGUGAUGCGCUCUAAUUGUCUGGACUGCAUUGACAGGACAAAUAACAUGCAGACAUUUAUUGGUCUUGAGAUGCUGUUAGUACAGCUCCAGUGUUUAGGGCUUAGUAGUAAGGCCUCAUUAGUGCCGAGGUUCCAAGAGGCGUUCACUUCUAUGUGGUCACAGAAUGGAGAUCAUAUCAGCAGGAUCUAUAUUGGCACUGGGGCACUUGAUGGCAAAGCGAGGGUAGCCAGUAAGUUGCGAGAUGGCGCGCGAUCAGUCAAGCGAACCAUACGAAGCAACUUCCUUGAUGGAAGCAAGCAAGAAGCAAUCGACCUGUUGUUGCUAGGCAACACGUUUGUUGGUGAACUUGGCGAGAGGGCGAGGGCUUUGCUGUACUCUUCAUUCCUCCAUUCUUCUCCGCGGAUUCUCCGUGAGCUGUGCGACCGUCACUUGGAGUACACCACGUGGUCUAACAUCCGGGUAUGUGUAGGCACCUGGAAUGUCAACGGAGGACGUCACUUCCGCUCGCUAGCCCACAAGCAUCAGACUAUGCACGAUUGGCUGCUAGACUUCCACAAAUCACUUCCGGACAGCGGUUACAGCGAGGUUAAGGAUGUUGAUUAUAGUCUUCCUACCGAUAUCUUUGCGAUCGGCUUUGAGGAGCUUGUUGAUCUGAAUGCUUCUAAUAUGGUCUCCACAAGCUCAACGCAGCGAAAGGAGUGGGGCGAGGAGCUUCGCCGAGUUAUAUCACGUGACUUUCCUUACGUUCUUCUCACAUGUGAGCAGCUAGUUGGCGUGUGCUUAUUCGUGUUCGCCCGUCCUCAUCUGGUACCAUACAUACGGGAUGUCGCUGUGUCCACGGUAAAAACAGGUCUUGGCGGGAGCGCUGGUAACAAGGGUGGAGUAGCCAUCCGUCUGCUGUUACAUGCUACUUCCAUCUGCUUCAUCUGCUCCCAUCUUGCUGCGGGUCAGUCAGGUGUCCAGGACCGGAACAAUGAUUACCUGGACAUUGCUACCAGGACUGCAUUCCCUAUGGGGCGGACUAUUCGGUCACACGACUACGUGUUUUGGUGCGGGGAUUUCAAUUAUCGUAUAGAUAUGCCGAUGGAUGAGGUCAAGUCACUAAUACAACUGAAGGAUUGGGACGCCCUAGCGCAGAAUGACCAACUGAAUAAACAGCGGCAGGAACACAAGGUUUUCCGUGGCUAUGUCGAAGGUGAGCUCAGGUUCGCCCCCACUUACAAGUACGACUUAUUCUCUGAUGAUUACGACACGAGUGAGAAGAUGCGGAUCCCAGCCUGGACCGACCGCGUGUUAUGGAGGCGCAGGAAGCCUAGGUACAAGUCAGCUGACCAUGUCAAGAAACACGUGAUUAAGAAAAACGAGCGAAAUGUCUCGGAGAACCUUUUGUUGGGGGAUGAGAUCGUUAAUGAUGAUGCAGAAGAAGAGGAGGAGGACGAAGAUGAUGACGAUGAUGAGCAAGAAAGUACAACAGAAGCGAACCCCGAGACUUUAGGCAACAUUCACUUCCACCCCGGCAAAGUUUUGUAUUACGGCAAGGCGGAGCUCAAGACCUCGGAUCACAGGCCGGUAGUUGGUCUGAUAGAGGUGGAGAUUCAGAAAGUCGACUGGGAACAUCAGCACCAGAUCCAUGACCACGUCAUGCAGUCGAUGGGACCUGCUGACCCUACUGUGGUUGUGUCAAGUGAUCAGACCGGGGAUGGAGACGAAGGGAUUGACGUGUCGGAGCUGCUGGAAGUGUUAGAACCAUGCGGAGAUGCUGUCUUGGUCAGGGUGGUCGACGAGGAGAUUAUUGUGACGUUCGAUGAUGGCAGAAGCGCCCUGAAAGCGCUUGAGCUAGACGGGAAAAAGAUUUCUGGAAAGACAGCAAAAAUCCGCCUCAAAUGCGACUCGUCGCUUUCCAAGACGGACCUAACCCUACAGUCAGUGACGUCAAACACUUCUGUGGUUGGCGAGAACAACGAAAUGCCUGGCACCCCGUUGCGUGAUCGGGCCAUGUCGGACCUCUUGUCCUGCUCAGCUAGCAAGCACAGUACGCUGCCGGUACUGGAACCGAUAAGGAUCCAAUCCAUGGAUGCUGAAGACAGCUCAUCAGACAGCGAGAAGGAGGAAGAGGAGGAGGAGGAACUCAGUGACGACGAUCGACCUGAAGCUGAAAGGGGAGCAGAGGAGAGCUCAAAACAGUUGAAAGAGACGUGCAAAUCUCGUCCGCAGAGGCCAGCACAGCCCAAGCGCGUACCCCCGCCACGCCCCACAGCCAGACCGAAACGCCCAAAUACGAGCAUUCACUCGCAAGAUGACGGCCUCGUUGGGUCAGCACCUCAAGUAAACCCAUCUGAAGACGUCAUCGAAGAUUUUGACCCCCUCCCACAGAAGGCACCCAAACCACGCAGACCACCACCCCCCAAGAGACCAGAGAGACCCGCAUUGCCCAAGACUUCGGCAUUAGCGAACAAAUCCGGGGAACUACCUCGAGCUGUUAACACGUCAAAGCCAGCUGGGAAGGAGAAACACCCUAAGGGCGGAGGCCGCACCCAGAUCGGCAUGCCUUUUAACGUGCAACACAUAGGACAUGUUAGUAUCGACAACUUCCAAGCUCUUCUUGAAGCCGCCAAAGACGACCCCAAGCUCCUUCCUUCUUUUAUGACCAGUGAUGCUCAGAAAACAGAAGAGUCGGAUCAACCUUCGAAGGACUCAGAGUCCAAGACAGUGCCUGACACUGUAAAAGCCGAGUCGAUGCCAGUACCUGCUUCGCGACAAUAUAAAGCUCCCAUACCUCAUCCAAGCCCUCCUAUGCAACCUGCCAAACCUCCCCGUCAACACACCCAGUGUUCCAUUGACCCAGUACCACAUCUAAAACCUCCCGAUCCUACUGAGCAACCUGUUCCACCUAAACGUAAAGCAUCUCCACCUUCAGCGCAGCCACUACCACCACCUCGUAAGCCCUACCCGCCCCCUUCCGCGGUACCGAUUCCACCUCCGCGUAAGCCUUCUCCUCCUCCCAGUGAACCUGCUCCCCCUCCGCGUCAACUUCCCCCGCCAUCUACUUCCCAACCUGUCCCACCUCCACGUCAGCCCGAUCCAAUUCCAACCAAUCCCGCUCACCCUACCGAACCCCCUCCUCGACAACCAAAGCCUACGCCCGCACCACGCCCCAGAUCAUGGGUGGAGUCCCAGCCAGAACUUCAUCGCCCUCCCCCACCCAUUAAACCAAAGCCCUGCCAGAAAUUCAAAACUGCAGUGCAUGCUACAAAGAACUGCGAAGAACCCGAAAGCCAACAGUACAGCUCUAUGCCUGAUCUCAACCCUGGUAAAGCACAGGGAGACGAUGAGGCUCCUGUUGCUCCUGCCCGAAGGCGCAGAAUUCCGCCCGCAAUCCCUAAACGAGUAGACAUCGGUGAGACAGCGGAAGCUGAUCGAGACUGCUUCGCUGAAACGAAGUGACCACGAUAGUAGAUAAUUUGCUAAACAGUGGAAGCCGAUUGAGUUUGCUCGUAGGACAAGAUGUCUACGAGUAGGCAUCAGUGAGACAGCGGAAGCUGAUCGAGACUGCUUCGCUAUAAUGAGGUGACCACGCUAGAAGACAAUUUGCAAAACAGUGGAAGCCUAUUGAGGUUGUUCGUAGGAUGAACAGCGGUAGAUCAUCGAAACUGCUUCGCUAAAACACGAGUAGACAAUUUGCACAACGGCGGAAGCUGAUUGAGUAGACAACUUCGCUAACAAUUUCGGUAACUCACUGCUUUGAUGAAACAAGACUAUUUUGCCGGAACGCAAGUAUCAAAUAUUUCUCCUCGGUAAAA